UAAGCAUUAGAGAAGAAAGAAGCCAAACCAAACAAGGCGUUACAAAAGGGGGAAGAAAGUUCCGAAAGAAGGAAGAAGCAAAUUAGCAAAGCCACCAAAAAUGGAAAACUGCUACUUAUAGUAACUCUCAUCUUUUUUUAUGCAAUACCCUAAUUUUGAGAUGGGGAGAGGAAGGAUAGAGAUAAAGAAGAUUGAGAAUGUGAACAGUCGUCAAGUGACUUUCUCCAAGAGACGUAACGGGCUGAUGAAGAAGGCGAGCGAGCUUUCGAUCCUCUGCGACGCGGAGAUCGCUGUCAUCGUCUUCUCCAGCACCGGCAAGGUUUACGAUUUCUCCAGCGGCAGUAUGGAGCAUAUUCUGUCUAGAUAUGGAUACAAUGCUGUUACGGCUGGUCAUAGACAAAGAGAAGAACAACAACAGCUUCUACUUUGUUCUUCUCAAGAAAAUGGUGAUGUGUUGCGGAAUGAUGAGUCUUUGAGGAGCGAACUUGAGAGACUACAGCUUGCUAUUGAGAGACUCAAGGGUAAGGAGCUUGAGGGAAUGGGUUUCUCGGAUCUUAUUUCUCUCGAGAACCAGUUGAAUGAUAGCUUGCAUAGCGUCAAGGAUCGAAAGACACAACUCUUGCUCAACCAGGUAGAAAGAUCUAGGUUACAGGAGAAGAGAGCUCUGGAAGAGAACCAGCUUCUGCGUAAACAGAUAGACAUGUUGGCGAGAGGUUCAUCAGGGCCAAAACCGUUGAGUGAAAUACCUCAAUUCUCUAGUCCGCAGGCAGAGCCGGAGAGCUCUUCAUCCGACGAUGAUGACGAAAAUGACAACGAGGAGCUCCGUUCCGACACUUCCUUGCAGCUGGGGCUGUCUUCAACGGGGUAUUUUGCAAAGAGAAAGAAGCCAAAGAUCGAACCGCCCUGCGAUAACUCUGGAAGUCAAGUGGCGUCUGACUGAUUGAUAUCAAUCAUUCUUCUAAUUAUGGCGUUUAGUAGAGGUUUUAUUGUGCAUUCUCCUUUUUGUUUCAUGCCUGCUCUUUUGGUGUAUAUCGUAUCAAGUAGAGUUUAUGUUUUUAGGUAAUCAAAACAUUAGUUUCUCUGAUAACAGUUUCUAUUAGAGCAAGAAACAGAAUAUAUCAAACAUGAAGUUGAGAAUGAAUCAGGAGAAGAA